AUGAACAAAAAAGAAAAAUAUACAAAAAAGUCGAAAGUUAGAAUGGCUAGCCGGCGACAUUCGUUGAUUGAAGAAUUGUCGGACAAAGCCGAGCAAUUUUUCGAUAUUGUAGAACGAUGCGAUUUGUCGGCCGCAGAAGACUUCCUAUCAGAAAAUAAAGUAGACAUAAAUAUGAAAGAUUUCCAAGGCCUAACACCGUUACAUCUGGCAAUACGAAACGAUUGCUACCCUCUGGUAGAUUUGUUUCUAAGGCAGCAAGGUAUAAAAGUCGGAGAUUCUAAAUUAUUCGCGAUCGCUCACGACAACCUGGCCAUGUUGAAGCACUUGUUCGACUACGAAGAGACUCUAUUCGGCACGAAAGAGCAACAGAAGGCAGAACAAAGUGAUCCAGACGAUUCCGAAGAGUACCCUUCUUUCAUGACACCCCUGUUGCUGGCUGCACAGUGUGGUCGGUACGAGAUCAUCGAAUACCUGUUGGCCUCUGGCCAUCGACUAGAGCGGCCGCACCCCCCCAGAUGCAUGUGCACAGUCCGGUGCCUGCCAAUGCUGGAGAGCGCAGACGUGGUGGCCAAUGGCUGCGAGCGGUUGAAUUUGUUUAGGGCUAUUAGCAAUCCGGCUUACUUGUGUUGCACGUCGCACGACCCGAUCCUCGCGUGUUUUCAGUUACACGAUGAGCUCCUAGAAUGCGGUGCUGUGGAACAAGUGUACAAGACGGUGUACACGGAAAUGGCCUACAAGGUAAGACAGUUUGCGGUAGAAAUGAUAGUUAACUGUCGAACCUCAGACGAGGUAAAGAUCAUUUUGAAAAAUCCCGAAGGUUGCAAAUUCAAAGGCACGUUCAUCUAUCCCAGGCUCAUCACGGCCAUGGACUACAAGCAAAAAGAGUUCGUCGCCCAUACCAACAUCCAGCAAGUGUUGGAGUCGGCGUGGAUCGGCGAUUGGAUAGAAUGGAAAGCACAUUCGUCGGUAAUCAAAUGCGCGUAUCCUUUAUGGCGACUCAUGAAAAUGCCGCUGACCGUCGUGUUCGGGCUGCUGUCCAAAAGUACCGAUCGCAGUUGCCGGUUGCCUAUUGACCGGAUGUUCGAUAGCUUGAUUAUGUACACCGUGUUCCUGAUGUUGUUGUUCUACCAGUCCAACAUGGACAAAUUCGAAAUGCGACGGGGCGCCCCGGAAUCCGGCGCGGAGCUGAUCAUCUUUUUGUUCGUGCUCGGCUACAUCCUCGAGAACUUAAGGCUGAGAAACUUACAAGGGCCCGACAGGUACUUCAAGAACUUGUGGAACAUUUACGACACCGUCAAACUUUUGUUGUUCGCUUUGUCGAUGACGUGCUGGGUGAUGGCCGCGAUCCAGGCGAAAUGGGCGGAUCCCGAUUUGGACCGCAAGUACUGGCACUGGGCAGACCCGCAGCUGCUGGGAGAAGCGUUGUUCGCGUUUGCCACGGUCAUGUCGUUCGUGCGACUGUUGUUCCUGUGCCAGCUGAACUACUAUAUUGGCCCGAUGCAAGUGUCUUUGGGUAAAGUGCUCAACGACUUCGCCAAGUUUAUGACGUUCCUGGUGAUCAUAAUGAUGGCGUUCACCAGCGGACUGGGCACGUUCUACAGCUACUACGCGGGCAUGUCGCAGAAGGAUCCGGAAUCCGAGCAGGUGACCACGCAGGAAGACUCGUUCAUUUCGAUACCGGACACGUUCAAGACGUUGUUCUGGGGAAUAUUCUGCAUGACCCCCCUGGAGGCGCCCAACGUGGUCAUCGGCAACGACGGUAACAUCGACGUGCAGCAUCAUUACUUCACACAGUUUGUAGGGUACAUGUUGUUCGCAUUGUUCGAAGUGCUAAUGGUGAUUGUCAUGCUGAACAUGCUCAUUGCCGCCAUGUCGGAUACGUUCCAGCGAGUGGUCGACAACGCGGACUACGAAUGGCUGUUCGGCCGCACCGAAGUGUACGUUAACUAUAUGUUGAUGGACAAACUGCCGUCUCCGUUCAACCUGUUGUCGUUCACUUUCCUCGGAUUCCUAAUCGGUUGGCUGCCGUUUAGGCUGUGCAAGAAGUUUGAAAAACGGCCGAAAACCGUAGACGUACAAGAGGAACGCCAUAAAAGCGAUAUGGAAUAUCAAAAACUCAUCAAAGAGUUGAUCAAAAGGUACUUAAUGCAACAGGCUCAACUGUCUAAUCGUACCUGA